GCGCGUCCACGAGUCUUCGCAGGCAACAUCGGAGACUCUUAGCUCUGAAAGGCGUCAUGGAAAGGCUCCCGAAGGCGGUAGCGCGGCCGUAUCAAAUCUUUCUGGCGGAAAGACGAGACGUGAAGACGCGUAUGCCUAUCCUUUGUCUGACUCUGAUGCAGAGGAAGGGAAAACCCACCUCCCCAAGGAUGACCGGUCUUUGUCUCAAACCCCUCAGCGUGGACGCCGUUCCGAGCGUGUCGCUGUCGGAAGUCCUCAGAAGUCGGGUAUGCAUGCGCAAGGUCGCUCCAAGUUCAAGGCCCAGGGUCACUCUAUUAGGCUCAACGAUGCCUCUGACGAGGCACUGUCUGCCCGCGAAGACGUCGAUGACGAGUCUGCCCGCAAGACGUCCAGCUCUCGCCGUCAAUCUCGUGCUGUCUAUGAACUGAGCGACGACGAUGCCGGUCACCCUCGCACGCCCUCUGCGAAGAAGCAUGUUGUCACUCGCCCUGUCAAGGAGGUCGCUUUUGAUAUCUCGAAGUCAUACUUAUCUCCGCCGCCUACGAACAGAAAGGCUGUGCGAGUGCCGGAUACUCCUCGCGGUAAACCUUCCCGCCGCAUUUCUCCAUCAUCUCCCGCAUAUCGUUCGCGUAGUCCUAUCCAAGGCCACCGCUUCUAUGCCAUGGCUAGUUCAGAUGAAGAUCUUGCGAUCCAGGUUCGGUCUCGCAAAAGGUCUGCACCCCUUGACAGCGUGGUGGAGAUUAGCACCGACGAAGAACUCCCAACACGUCUGACUCCAAAGAAGAAAAGGCACCAACCGAAGUAUCUGGGCGCGUACUCUGACGACUCAGCCUUUGAAUCGACACCCAUAGCGCGUGAUUCCGACGUUGACGAGCGCGGGAACAUUGACGGUCUCAUUGCGUCUGAUGACGAUGAUAUGGCCAGUUCUCCUCGGAAGUCCAAGGCUGUCAACGGUGCCGAAAUCCACCUCAAGCGGAGAAGCGACGCAUCGUCUUCGAGCAAGAGCAAGCGGCGGCUUCGGUCGCCUUCUUUUGACGCGUCCGACUACGAGCCAUCGUCGAGGAAAGCCUCCAAAGCAAAGACGCCUUCGAAAUCUUCUGAAAGCAGCCACAAGCGCAAGUAUCGAUCCCCGACCCCGCCUGCUGACGACGACAGGCGUCCAGCGAAGCGCGCUCAUCCUACUCACGACGUUGACAACAAUCAGGAUGCCCUAAUGGCAGACGCGCGCCACGCACAACGUGAUCCUUCCCCCCACGACCGCGCGGACAAACAGCGGCGCUCUCCGUCGCCUAUCAACAACGAGCGGCCGUCUGCUGUCAAGGCUGAGGCGUCUGCUACCGCUCCUCGACCGCUCAUGAAAGAUGGCAAGUGCAAGGUAACUCGUGAGGAAGACCACGAUGGCUUUUUGGUGGGAACUUAUGGCGAAUGUGCGGCCUACCUGACGCCUAAUAUGCUCAAGACUCCGCAAGAGACUGGAGCUGUUGGUGUUUCUCAUUUCGGCAGCACGCAUAAUGGACUUCCGCGCUUUGAAGCUGGAAAUCUGUCUUUGAAACGACUCCGUGCCAUGAUCAAGUUUCUGUCCUGCGCUGAUGGCUUUGUUGUUAAUCCCGCACGUAUUCAUCCUGACCAAGUGCCCGUAUCCCUCUCCACGUACACCACGGGCAACAACAAGACUAUCAAAACUAUUUCCAAGAACGGCGAAACGCUAGACCUCGUCAUUUACGCUUUCGUUGCUCCGGAUGGCUCGUACCUCGAUCGCUGUGCGACGCCUAGUGGGUCCAACGCCCCCACGGACAAGGGUUACAGGUGUCUCAACGUCUUUCCGCUCAACGGAGAGUUCCCUCGCAUCUUGGCAUUUAUGCAUCACUGUUUCUCUCCCGCGAAUCAGCAAUGCCAGAUGUUCACGAACGGCAACGCGUGGCAGGCUACCAGCAUGUGGGGCGAUCGUGACAAGUAUCAGGGACGCAAGCCGCUUCCCGAGCACGUCCGGGUUAGCACCGGAAGCAACUCGUCUAUCGGCGCACGGGGAGUCCAUCCAUCCCUCGCUCGUGUCGUAAAGAGCUUCAACGCAGACAUUCCUGUAUUCGACAGCCGUCGUCAUUUUCUGGCUUCUCAUGUGGGUGAGGAUUGGAAGGACGGCUUCUCCGUCGAGAAGAUCCUCACGCAAGCUGACGGGCUGGACGAGCGCUGGAAAGGAGAGAUCCCCGACGACAGCCUCAUCGCUCUGCAUUGCGUCUGCUCGAUGCGCGUUACGGGUGCCGUGUCUUUGAACCUCAUUGGCGCCCAGGUGCUCGUGACUCCGCGGGUUGUGCAUUUCUCGGACCUCUAA